CCUCGUCGUCAUGUAUCCAAGCCUAAAUAUGGUCAAGAAAGUUACUGACACCACCACAAUUUAUCUGCGCUUCCUUUCUCUACCAUUCCCUGCAGAAUAAAAUCUAUAAAGCUGGUCGCCAUUCAUCUCAAUCCAUCUGUCUUUCUUCCACUGUCCAUUUUCUUCAUCUCCUCUGUCUCUGUCUCUGUCUCUGUUUCCUCUCUGGGGUUUCACGUGCACAGUGUAAUAAUAUCCAAUCUCUGUCUUUCUGCAGACCUCUGUCAGUCCAAGGUUUGUUUAUUUGUGUAUUGAAAUGGAGUUAGUACCUUACGACGACCCCAAUUCGAAGCCUGAAUCCUCUACCGUCCCAUGGAAGGACAUGUUCAGAUCCGCUUCAUUUCGCAAGCCUACCACAACCAAUCCGGAAGAGCCGCCACCGAAUUCAUCCAAAGCACCACCGCGCUCGUCAAAUGCCAAUAACCCAGAUCACAAUAGUACCUUUUCGGGUGAUCCUCAGGUGCGCCUUGCUCUUUACAUCGCCAUGGCUCAUGCGGGCCUUGCCUUUACCAUCUUUGUUCUUUAUUUUGUGUGCAAGCUUUUGCAAGGGUAUUUGAGGCCUAUUCAAUGGGCUGUUCUGUGUUCAAUUCCUUUGAGAGGAAUACAAGAGACUCUUGUUGAUUUUUGGAGCGAACCUUUGAAGUUAGGCCUUGCUGAGACUGUUCUUGCAGUUCCUGUUGCCAUUUUUAAGGUUUUUGUAGGUACUAUUACUGAUAUUAUGGAGGUUUUUUUAAGGGUUUUUCUUAAAAGGUCAAAACGAAGAGGUCCUAGAAGAACUAGAAGAAGUGGGUUUUCAAAGUUAGUUAGGUGGUUAGUUUCAUUUGGGGUGUUUCUGAUAGCCUACGAGAGUCUUGGUGGUAUGGGAUCAUUACUGAUUCUUGGUUUAGGGUUCAUGUGUAGCACCCAAACUGCGGGUUCUACAUUUUCUGCUGUAUCUUCUUUUAAGAGCAACAGCUUCAAGCAUACUGCAAUCAGCGCAUUUUUCACUAGAGGCGUAUUGAAGAAAUUGAAUACCAUUGUGGCAAUUGGAUUAAUUUUUUGUAUGAUUGUGGGGUUUUUGACUGGAUUGAUCUUUUUCUCUUAUAAGAUUGGUGUAGAAGGAAAAGAUGCAGUCAUUUCAUUGAAAUCACAUGUGGAAGAGAAUAAUUAUGCGGAGAGAUUUGGCAUUAAGAAAUGGAUGGAUGAGAAUGAUGUUCCUGGAAUGGUAGAUAAGUACACCACCACCAUCUAUGAAACAGUGUCUGAACAAAUAGAUAGUUUGGCAAUGCAGUAUAAUUUGACAGAGCUUGUCACUGGGAUCAAGCAUUUUGUCAUUAGUUCCCCUGCCAAUUCUUCUCAGCAAUCAUCUGCUAUGAUGAGGCCAUCACCUUACACCGCGAAGCUUGUGAGUUUAAGAACAAAAGUCACUAAUCACGAAUGGGGAGAAAUUUAUUUUGAACUAGAUGCCAUUUUUAGGGAAUUGAUAAUCACCAGGGUGGAUCUUGUUGAGAAGGCAAAAGAGUUUGCUGUUCGAGGGAUGGAUGUGGCACAGCAUGUACUUGCCAGCAGUGCAUCUGUCUUAGGUGGUGGUGUUAAGCUCAUGUUCUCUGUUGGAAAUUCCAUCAUCUCUGGAGCAGCUGAGGUAUUCAAUUUUGUAUCCCAGUCUAUGGUGUUCUUCUGGGUUUUAUAUUAUCUGAUUACAUCAGAGUCUGGUGGAGUAACUGAACAAGUAAUAUGCAUGCUUCCAAUUGCAAAAGAAGCAAGGCGUAGGUGUGUUGAUGUUUUGGACAAUGCUAUUUCUGGAGUUCUUUUGGCUACUGCUGAGAUUGCAUUCUUCCAGGGAUGUGUUACCUGGCUUUUGUUUAGACUGUAUAAGAUUCACUUCCUGUACAUGUCAACUGUGCUGGCAUUCAUCAGCCCUCUGCUUCCAAUCUUUCCACCUUGGUUUGCAACAAUUCCGGUGGCUUUGCAACUGGUGCUAGAAAGUAGAUACAUACUGGCAAUUAGCUUGUCAAUUAUUCACAUUGUGGUUAUGGAUUAUGGUGCAUCUGAAAUUCAGGUGGAUAUACCUGGUUACAGUGAAUAUCUUACUGGGCUCAGCAUUAUUGGUGGAAUGACAUUGUUUCCAUCUCCAGUGGAGGGAGCAAUAAUGGGGCCAUUGAUAACUACAGUUGUAAUUGGUCUGAAGGAUCUAUAUGCUGAAUUUGUUCUGGAAGAACCGAAGAAAAGUGAUUAGCAGAGUGAGUCUGAAACAGUGCCAGUUCCAACUUCCAUCUCUUUUGUUUGCAAAUUUUUAACUGAUGUAUAUUAGUUUGAGCCGCUUCAUAACUCGGCCAAUGUUUCUGUAGCAUAGAUGCCUUUUUUAUAUUUUUUUUGUCUUGGCUGUUUUAUAUCUCUACUUGAUUAGUUGGCAAAAUCAUGAGAAGAGAUUGUAUAUUUUUCCCGUGUAUUUAUUGCCAUAAGGAUUCGUGUAUGAGAAUGUUCAUUGUUGCAACUCCAUAAUAGCAUGGUCUGAAAAAUAUAA